CCAAAGUGAUGGGAUUAAGACCUGAGUCCUAUGAAAAGAGGAAAUGUCAUUGUGGAAAACAGGACAAGAAUAAAGUGUACGAUUGGUAACCAUUAAGAUCAUGGGUCCUACAUCAAAAGCAACAAUCCACAUGCUGUCAUUAUUAUUAUUUGGAGGAGCCUGUGUUAGCAGCAAAGAACACUGGUGCUAUGACCGACCACAAUGCGGGCCAAAUGCAUGGUCAUCUCUUGGCAGCUGCAAUGGCAGGAAUCAGUCUCCCAUCAAUAUUAUCACCAAGGCAGCCAUAUCUGAUGACUCCUUGGGUGCAAUUAAUUUUUCUGGCUAUGAAGACCGCAAGAGGCCAUAUGUCCUUAAGAACACAGGGCAUAACCCUGAAAUUGACAUGAAAGAUGGAGCUACCAUUUCUGGGCCAGGCCUUCCAGGAAUCUACUCCCUGAAAUCCUUCCACUUCCACUGGGGCACCUACCAUUACAAAGGCUCCGAACAUGCAAUCGAUGGCCGGAAACACGACAUGGAGCUCCAUAUAGUUCAUACUAAAAACAACAUGACACUCGAGGAAGCAAAAAAGGACCCUCAAGGAAUUGCUGUCCUGGCCUUCUUCAUAAAGAAGUCCAAUGAGACCCCCAGCGUCAAUACCUGGAAGACUCUAGCAGACCUCCUAGAAAAGAUCCCGGAGAAAGGAAACUCUGUGAAUCUGGAUGGACAGUUCUCCUUGGGAGGGUUAUUGAAGGUGGCAGAUGUGAGAAGCUACUACCGCUACUUUGGCUCCCUCACAACUCCUAACUGCAGCCAGGCCGUGAUCUGGACUGUCUACCCUCAGCCAAUUGAGGUGACUCACAAAACGCUGAAGAAAUUCACAGAUUCACUCUAUUACACCACCAAAGCAGAAGGCAGGAAGAUGCAGAAGAAUUAUCGUCCUCUGCAACCACUGAACAACCGAAAAGUCUAUUACUUCAUGGAAAACAAACAUGGUCAUCCCUGCAAGGAGUUUAGAACGAACAGGAAUAUGUCUUAUGUGUGAGUGAGGACGUACAUGUGUGUGGCAGCAUGACAAUCGAUUCCAUGUGUUCCCAUUAUCCAAGGAAACACAAACUUACAUCCAUCGCAACUCUAUUAUGAAUUGUGUCCACCAUGUUUUGCACAAGGACUCUCUCAGAUCCAUGGAAGAAAGAGGUUUGCUUCAGUCUGGAGCGUGCUUUCUCGUUCUCUUUCUCCUCUAUUUUUAUUUUUGGUGGAGGAAGAUCAUGACUCUAUUUUUGCACAACAUUAAAAUACCACUAUUAUACACACAA